ACGUCACUUCCUGCUACCGCGGGCCCCUUCCGGGUUGCGCCACUUUCCCGCCCGGCGGGCCGGUGGUGGUCCGCGGCGGGGGCUGCUGCUGCUGCGGCGCCGCGGGGACAAGCUCGCGCGCGGCGCGGCGGGGGGCGGGGCGCGAGGCCGCCGCCGCCGUUGCUGCUGCCCUCGCGCCCGGCCGGGACGCCAUGGCCGGGGCCGGCGGUCGAGGCCGCGGCCGCCGCUUUGUCCCGUGCGCCGGGCGGCGGCUGGGGAGCGGGCGCUGAGGAGCGGCCGGGCAUGGCCUCCCCGCCCGGCGCGGAGCUGCGGGCCCUGCGCGACCAGGUGGCGGCGCUGGAGGCGGAGCUGGGCUCCUGCCGCGGGCAGCUGGAGCGGGCGCAGCGCCGGCUGCGCCGCACCGAGCGCCUCUACCGCGAGGCGCGGGACGGUGGCGAGGCGCUGAGGAGGCAGGUUGAUGAGCUCACUAAGGAAGUUCAUAAUAGGAAGAGGAAGGAGAAAGAUAUAUCUAGUGUAGAAGUACAGACAGACGACUAUGCUGCAUGGUCACAAACAGAUUAUUACUACUAUGAAAAUUAUUACAACACUGACACUCAAGAUUGUGCCUCUGAACUAUCAGUGCAGUACAAUCAUGGGACUGAAGGCACUGAGCAUAAUUUGACAGAAGAAUCGCAGGCAGCUGGUAAUAUUCCUUUAGAGGUGGAUAGCACUGAAGUUGCUGAAUGUGGAAAAGAGGAAAACUUCAUUCAGAAUUCACAGGAAGCAGAAGAUACUUCAGUACCAGAAGGUUCAUUGGCAGAGAGCUUGAGAGCUGCUGCAGAAGCUGCUGUUUCACAAACUGGAUUUAUUUAUGAUGAAAAUACAGGAUUGUAUUAUGACCAUAGCACUGGAUUUUACUAUAAUUCGGAAAAUCAACUGUAUUAUGAUCCAGCAACCGGAAUUUAUUACUAUUGCGAUGUGGAAAGUGGCCGAUAUCAGUUUCAUUCACGAGUGGAUUUGCAGUCUUAUCAGGCUUCUGGUACUCAGCAUGCCAAGGAUAAAAAAGUGAAAAAGAAGAGAAAAGAUCCAGAGUGGAUUACCUCAAAUGAGUAUAAGGAUUUGGACACAGAAGAGCAGAAAUCUGCUAACAGUCUGAAUUGCUUUUCCACUACUGAGCAAGUAAGUUCUACUGAAGAAGAAGAAUCUCCAAAUGUGAGAAAGAAGACUAAAAUGGACACAAACAUACGAAACAGUAUAGCAGCCAAAGAAUCAGUUUCUACAGACAAUAUAAAUUCACAUUCAAGGAAAAGUACACCAGAUACUGCAGCAUAUACAGAUGACAGUAAAACUAUAGAUACAGAAAGUGAGCCAGAAGAAGGUGAAAUUAUGGAUUCUGAGUGUGAAGAGUAUAGCAGUGAGGAGGAAGUGACAAGUGAAGAAACUGCUGAUUCAGAAGUCUCAGAAAAUGAAGAUGAAGAAAAAAUUUGGCCUCCUUGUAUCAGAGUAAUUGUAAUAAGAUCACCAGUACUACAGACUGGAUCACUUUAUAUUAUCACAGCUGUGAAACCUGCUACAAUUGGAAGAGAAAAAGAUGUUGGGCAUACACUUCAGAUUCCUGAAGUUGGAGUCAGUAAGUUCCAUGCAGAAGUAUAUUUUGACCACGAUUUGCAAAAUUAUGUUCUUGUGGAUCAAGGGAGUCAGAAUGGAACAGUUGUUAACGGAAAUCAGAUUCUCCAGCCCAAAACAAAAUGUGAUCCCUACAUCUUGGAGCAUGGAGAUGAAGUGAAGAUUGGUGAAACUGUACUUUCUUUUCACAUACAUCCUGGCAGUGAUACUUGUGAUGGUUGUGAACCAGGACAAGUCAGAGCACAUCUUCGCCUGGAUAGGAAAAAGGAAUCAUCUGUUUGCCCAGCACUUAGCAAAGAAGAGAGAGAGUUAGUCAGAAGAAAAGCAUUAAAACAAAUACGGGUAAAAUAUGGUUUACAGAACACAGAGUAUGAAGACAACAAAGCAGUGAAGAAUCCAAAGUACAAAGACAGAGCAGGAAAACGCAGAGAGACUAUUGGAAGUGAAGGAACUUUCCAGAGAGAUGACACUCCAGCUUCUGUCCAUAUUGAAAUCAGCAACAGCAACAAAGGACAUAAAAUGUUGGAGAAAAUGGGAUGGAAGAAAGGGGAAGGCCUGGGCAAGGAUGGUGGUGGUAUGAAGGAUCCGAUCCACCUUCAGUUACAUAAGAUGCAUGCAGGUUUGGGUACAAGUAGACCAGCCUCAAUUGAAGAUGUUCAGAUCAUCCAGAGCAAGAAUAAAAAGAACUGGGAUAAAGCAAGAGAAAGGUUUGCUGAAAACUUCCAAGAGGCUAAAACACAAAAGGAUACACCUAAGGUUACACCUUGGGUUAGAGGGACUGCAGAAUAAAAGUGACUGGUCCCACAGCAGGGUAAUUCCUGUGUGUAAAUAGUUGGGAGAGAAUUUAUUUUUAUUCUUUUUUUUUUCUUUUGCUAAAGCCGAAGUUUGGUGAUAUGUGACAUACCGUUGUGAAAAAACUCUUCAGGAUUAACUCUAGUAUGUUCAUUGGUUUUCUGUAGUCUUCACGCUUUUAUAAAAUCACAUUUUUAACAAGAAAUGAAUGAAAUUUAGAGGGAUAUUCAAAUGUAAGUACCAGAGAGUGAUACUAUUACGAGCAGGAAUUUUCUUCAAUUGUGUUUUUAGCACAUUACUUCAUGGAAAGUCAAACAAAACAUCUGUUACAUUUAAACUUAAAAAGAAUACCCUUAACUUUGGAGCAGUGGUUUGAAAGCAAUCUGAAGCAAAAAAAACCCAAAAACCUCACCCAAAGCUGACUUACGGAAUAGCGCAAGAGCCUCAUACUGCCUCUUCGUGUGUGUGGAAUGCUGAACAAGAACACACCAGUAACAGUCAAAUGCUUCAGCCUGCCUUCAGAGAAAACAAAUUUGGUAUUUCUGAUGAUCUAUCACUAGUGUUUAUAGUAACAAAUACUGUACUCCAUGAAGUAAAUUACCAGCACUGGUGAAGAAAAAUGUUCAGAGGACAGCUUGUAGCAAAAUUUCUUCUGUGAAGAACCUGCUUGAGACUUGUUUAGUAAAUUUGCAUCGUACCUUUAAGAGGAGGUAUGUUGAGAGAACUGCUGUCUGUGUGCAUUAUUUAUUGAUUUCUUGUUCUGAUGCAUCCAUUGCUGGCAAUGGAGUUUAUGCCAGGAAAAAAGAACCAACCAACCAGAUUUUCAGUGGGAAAGGAUUGCCAAACUGAAGCUAAAAGCUUGGUAUUUAUUCAAUGUGCCUAAACAGAAUAAAUUAUUAUCAAUUUAA